CACACUGGGUCUCCACAGCGGCAUGGAGGCCUGUGUGUCUUCACUGCUGGUGCUGGCCCUGGGGACCCUGUCGGUAGGCAGCUCCUUUGAGACCCAGAUCAUUGGGGGUCGGGAGGUGAUCCCCCACUCGCGCCCGUACAUGGCCUCACUGCAGAGAAAUGGCUCCCACCUGUGCGGGGGUGUCCUGGUGCACCCAAAGUGGGUGCUGACGGCUGCCCACUGCCUGGCCCAGCGGAUGGCCCAGCUGAGGCUGGUGCUGGGGCUCCACAACCUGGACAGCCCCGGUCUCACCUUCCACAUCAAGGCAGCCAUCCAGCACCCUCGCUACAAGCCGGUCCCUGCCCUGGAGAACGACCUCGCGCUGCUUCAGCUGGACGGGAAAGUGAAGCCCAGCCGGACCAUCCGGCCGUUGGCCCUGCCCAGUAAGCGCCAGGUGGUGGCAGCAGGGACUCGGUGCAGCAUGGCCGGCUGGGGGCUGACCCACCAGGGCGGGCGCCUGUCCCGGGUGCUGCGGGAGCUGGACCUCCAAGUGCUGGACACCCGCAUGUGUAACAACAGCCGCUUCUGGAACGGCAGCCUCUCCCCCUGCAUGGUCUGCCUGGCGGCCGACUCCAAGGACCAGGCUCCCUGCAAGGGUGACUCGGGCGGGCCCCUGGUGUGUGGCAAAGGCCAGGUGUUGGCCGGAGUCCUGUCCUUCAGCUCCAGGGUCUGCACCGACAUCUUCAAGCCCCCCGUGGCCACCGCUGUGGCGCCUUACGUGUCCUGGAUCAGGAAGGUCACCGGCCGAUCGGCCUGAUGCCCUGGGGUGAUGGGGACCCCCUCACUGUCUCCACAGGACCCUUCCCCUCCAGGGGUGCAGUGGGGUGGGUGAGGACGGGUGGGAGGGACAGGGAGGGGACCAAUAAAUCAUAAUGAAGAAACGCUCAGA